AACUCAAAAUAAACCCCUUUUCUAUAAAAAAACUAGUCCUGUUUGAGAAAGUGGAGUCUCUCUCAUUCACCUACCAGAGAGUUAAGAAAACAAAAUGGAAGGGGAAAGCUCCGAGAGUAGAAACAAAGCUCGUCUCGCUAUUAUGGAGCUCGCUAACAUGAUAAGCGUUCCAAUGUCACUUAACGCCGCCGUCAGACUAGGCAUCGCCGACGCUAUCUGGAACUCCGGAUCCAACACUCCUCUCUCCGCCUCCGAGAUCCUCCCUCGCCUCCUCCUCCCAUCAGGAGGCGGCGACCCCGAGAAUCUCCAGCGUAUACUUCGUAUGCUCACAAGCUACGGCGUCUUCUCCGAGCACCUCAACGACGCCGAUGGAUCCGUCGUCGUAGUGAGGAAGUACUCUCUCACCGACGUCGGAAAAACGCUCGUCACCGACUCCGAUGGUCUCUCCUACGGCGCGUACGUCCUCCAGCACCAUCAGGAGGCGAUGAUGCGAGCAUGGCCACUGGUUCACACGGCGGUGGUGGAGCCGGAGACGGAGCCGUACGUCAAAGCAAACGGAGAGGCGGCGUACGUGCAGUAUGGGAAAUGCGAGGAGAUGAACGGUCUCAUGCAGAAGGCGAUGUCCGGCGUAUCGGUGCCGUUCAUGAAAGCUAUAUUGGACGGCUACGAUGGUUUUAAAUCCGUGGAGCGUUUAGUUGACGUGGGAGGGAGCGCAGGAGAUUGUCUACGUAUGAUCCUUGAGCAGUUUGCUAAUGUCCGUGAAGGGAUUAACUUUGAUUUGCCUGAAGUUGUUGCCAGAGCCCCCAAGAUUCCUGGAGUGACUCACGUGGGUGGGGAUAUGUUCCAGUCAGUUCCUAGUGGUGACGCCAUCUUCAUGAAGUGGGUAUUAACGACAUGGACGGAUCAAGAAUGCAAGCAGAUAAUGAAAAAUUGCUACAAUGCUUUACCGGUUGGAGGAAAGCUAAUCGCUUGCGAGCCAGUCUUGCCUAAGGAAACCGAUGAUAGCCACAGAACCCGAGCCUUGCUAGAAGGCGACAUCUUCGUUAUGACAAUCUAUAGGACCAAAGGUAAGCAUAGAACUGAAGAAGAGUUUAAAGAACUUGGUCUCUCUGCUGGAUUCUCUUCUUUUCAACCUUUCUACAUUGAUUACUUCUACACCAUCCUAGAGUUUCAGAAGUAAUGUUAAGCAUUUAUCAUUUUAAAUUUCAAAAAAAAACUUCAAAAUUAUCAUACACCUCUUUGAUAAUCUUUUUUUUUUGUCACUUCACCUCUUUGAUAAUCUAAUGAAUAAAUUUUCAUCAA